CCAUGUACAUGGUUUAUUUUUCAUGUUUUAUACAUGAGUUAAAAUUUUCCACAGUUGUCUUUUGUAUUUAUAUUACUCCAUGUAAGUCUUUUUCACAUGGAUCUUUUUUAUAUUAACAAAAGAUUGGCAGAAAAAAUGUUGAAAAUCAUGCAAUUUCACAUUUGUUGGCAGUUAAACUGAGCAUUCUCACCUGACGCGGAUGUUUUAUUCUCUCUUUAUGCUCAAAUGAUUUAUUUGUGUACACUCAGCUGUAUCUGCAUGAAUGCACAGAAAAAACGUUUGUUCUCGCCUUAUUUGUUUCUCUAGUGGUUCAUUGUGAGAAGACCUUGGUUGUCAGCUCUUCGGGUUUGUUGAUCAGGGCUCCAAGCCAGAAUCUCUGCGGGUGUGUAGAGGAGAGGGAGGUCAACAUGGGCUCCAGCUCCUCCUCCUAUGCCCCAAAAACCAUUUACCUGGAUGUGGAUGGGAAAGUGCAAAAGGUGGUGUUCAGUCGGCACUGCAGCCCAUGUGACAUCAAGGAGCUUCUGUGUUCCUCAUCUAACAUUCCCAGGAACACUGCCAUCAUGAUGGUGGAUCCAGAAGGUGCCAUGGUCUCCAUAGAUCCCACUAUGCCCACCAAUUCUCCAAACUCAUUGUACAAAGUUGUCCCUCUGUCUACUGGCCAACUUGGAGAAAAGGAGGACAUGUUUCAGAACGUGUUGUCCCAGGUGGCGGAGCAGUUCAGCAGAGCCUUUCGCAUCAACGAGUUGAAGACUGAGGUCACCAACAGGCUAGCAAUGCUGGAAAAGAGAGUGGAAUUGGAGGGCUUGAAGGUGGUGGAGAUUGAGAAGUGUAAAAAUGAUCUGAAGAAGCUAAGGGAUGAGAUGACUUCAAGAGGUGGUGGCAGAGUAAACUGUCCAUGCAAAUACAACUUCUCAGACGACGGAAAGAAGGUCACUCCCAGACGAGAUGUCCCCAAUUACCCAAAGUACACACUGUCUCAGGAGACUGUUGAGGCGCUCAAGAAGCCAACAUUUGAUGUCUGGCACUGGGAGCACAAUGAGAUGCUGAGUUGUUUGGAGUAUAUGUACCAUGACUUGGGGCUGGUGAAGGAAUUCAACAUGAACCCCAUCACACUUAAACGCUGGCUGUUGGCGAUUCAGGAGAACUACCGCAACAACCCUUUCCACAACUUUCGCCACUGCUUCUGCGUUAGUCAGAUGAUGUAUGGCAUGAUUCACCUCUGCAACCUACAGGAGAAGCUGACUCUCACCGAUAUGGGAAUUCUAAUGACAGCUGCAGUGUGUCAUGACCUGGACCACCCUGGCUACAACAACACGUAUCAAAUCAAUGCCCGCACUGAGCUGGCAGUGCGUUACAAUGACAUAUCUCCGCUGGAGAACCAUCACUGUGCUGUGGCCUUCCAGAUCCUUUCUCUUCCCGAGUGCAAUAUAUUUGCAAAUGUGGACCCUGAGGCAUUCAAACAGAUCCGACAGGCAAUUAUCACCCUCAUUCUCGCAACGGACAUGGCCAGACACGGGGAGAUACUAGACUCCUUUAAGCAAAAAGUGGACAACUUUGACUUCACCAACGAAGAGCAUGUGACAUGUCUGAAGAUGGUUUUGAUCAAGUGCUGUGAUAUUUCCAACGAAGUGAGACCAACUGAGGUGGCUGAGCCAUGGGUGGACUGCCUAUUGGAGGAGUACUUCAUGCAGAGUGACAGAGAGAAGUCUGAGGGUCUGCCUGUGGCCCCCUUCAUGGACAGAGAUAAAGUCACCAAGCCCACUGCUCAGAUUGGAUUCAUCAAGUUUGUCCUCAUCCCAAUGUUUGAGACUGUCAUGAAGCUUUUCCCUCAGAUUGAGGAGAUCAUGGUUCAACCUUUGAGAGACUCACGUGACCACUAUGAGGAGCUGAAACAGAUUGAUGAUGCCAUGACAGAGGGGUCUUCCUUUGUUUUCAAGUUAAGAAAAGACUUUAAAAGUCCGUGACUGAGGCCUCACUGAAGACGUUCUGCAAAACGUUCUGAGGAUGACAGAUGAAUCAGGAGGGAGAGAAAAGAGACUGCUUGUCUACAUACUGACCUAAAUUUAGGCAUCAAGGUGGCAUAUCUUGAACUUUGACUUAGACUUUUGCACUGAAUGUAACAGAGAGGGACCUUGGGGCCUUCUCUUUAUAUUUAUGGUGUUUAUGUUGUUCUCCCUACUCUGUGCCACAAAAGUUUGAAGGUCCAGUUUCUUCAAAAACAUUACUUAAAACCUUUAUAUAGGCUACAAUGGCUGCAGAAUGAGCUGCAUGGAUGUACAAAUAGUAAAUGAUCAUUUUUUUUUCCCAAUUUUUCCUGUAGAAGAAAACAUGCACCAAAUUAGGAUGUUUCACCACACUGUAGCAAUACAGUUUUGAGGAGGAGUGUUUUCCAACAAAUGUUGCAGCUUCACACCUUUGCUUUUUUUCUUCACACACAGUUAGCACUUGAUUAAAUCAUCACAAGUCUAGGUGUAUUCUCUCACCUUGAACACUUUUUAAUAAAACAAAGCCACAUAGGGGCACAUUAUGUACAUUUUGUCCUGUAAAAAAGUUUUAAUAUCUCACAAUUUUUAAAACCACGUGUUGUAUGUCUGUUCAUCUGUCAAACCCUGUGAGUCAUUAUAUAGAAAGGUCAGACACAUUUCAGUGUCUUAUAACGGGCGUUUCAACAGUAACUCAACUCCAGAAACUUUGUGUAAUUGAAUGGAUUUAAAAACAACAAAUGUUGAUCUAGGUUUUUGAAAGUUAAGCAAUAUACUUGGAACCAUACACUGAUCACACAGAGUGAAGCAGGUUCUCUUUGAGUUUGAUUUCAAAGUGAAAACUGACCUGUUGACGGUGAACCUUCAAUAAUAAUGAAAGUUAAAAUACAGUAAUUAUAAUAUAGCUAAAGCACAUAAAUGUACCCCUCAUUAGAGCUUUGUAUACCACAGCAUGACUUAGUCACAUAUUAUCUUCAUCUGCAGAUGGAGUUUGCUCAGUUGUCAUAGAGAUGGAUCUGUUGCCAUGCAAGCUCAGAAGCUGUUAUGAUUUUAUCUAUUGCACUUUCAGCACUCAUCCUGAAUGCUCACAGCAGCUACUCAGCUUAUUUGUUAGUACUAUCUAUCUCCAUUCCAACUAAGCAAAUUAAAGUCAUUGAUGGAGAUACAAAGCUCCAUUAAACCGCUAGUGACUGAAUUGGAGUGACAUGACUGUUGAUUACUGACACAUACUAUUAAUGCACAGAGAUCAUAACACACAGCAAGUGCCAAUUUAAGAUCGCCUUGCUAACGUUUAACUUAUAAUGAUAAUUGGAUUCAGUUAAUAAUGACAUCUUUUCACAGAUGCUGUGAAGUCAGGAAUGUAAAAGCUAACAUGAUUUCCCCACACUAAGCAAACAGAAUGAAAUAACGUUAUCUGUUUUCUGAACUUAAUUUCUUACUUAAUGAGAACCAGUCUGUUCCCACCUACUGUUAAGCAUUUGAUUGUUAAACAUAACGAUGAUACAUGAAGGCACCGCUUUAUGUCAGUGGAAGAUGUUUUUCUGUUGUCUCACAUAACAGUCAAACAUCUUCUCCCUUUUGACACAACAGAUCUUAUUAACCCCACAUGAAAGGCUCCCUGAUCCUUAUAUCAUGAAUUGUUGUGCAGGCAUUCCAGUUAAGCAUGGCUCUUUAUCCCAAUCAUCCUGAUUGAGAUACAUUUUAUUACCACAUUUAGACAACAGGGCUAGAUUACAGUCAAGAUGUGUUGAAAUAUGAUUAGUUAUCCAGUUGUGUACCACCCAAAGGUGCCACUUAUCUCAGCCCACACCACACUCCUUUCUCACCCCACAGCUUCCCUUUGAGUCAUAUCAGAUCUGAGUGGUUUUCCUCCAGCUACUCCACAGUGUUUUUAUUACCGUGUUUUUUGGCACUGUGUUGCCAAUUACUCCAGCACAAUUCAUUGCCUCACACACACACAGACUGAAUACCACCUACAUAGCUGUGAUGAAACCAUAUAAAUAAUACACACAGCAUGAAUCACUAAAGGCUUUAUUUGUACUGCAUCUUUUUGUUUAGGUUUGUUUGUGUAUUCCAAAUUUAAGUUUGAUAAUUAAUAAACUUUUCACUCCUCAAGUCUGUAGCUUUAUUUGAUACAUCUCACUAUAUAUUCACAUGUUCGUGGUCUGAUGGGUUUUUCUGAUAUAAUCUGAUCUUUUGGUGUGUAUACUACUGCAGUCCUGCUUGUAAGUUGAUGAUCUCAAAGCAAUA